AUCUUGAAACUCGCGCACUCACCACACUCACUUGCGCGAAACGCGUACCGCCGCCAUGGCGGGAACAUCUGCGUCGCGUGCCUCAACGGACUCGAAAUCAAACGUCGGCUCAACGAGCAGAACCAGUCCCAGACCAGGCACACCUACGACUCAAACGUCAGAAGCUCCGACCCUGAUCCGCCAGUUUCCCAAGGAGCCUAAAUUCCUGGAAACAAACCGCGACAAAACCUGCGGAAGUGAGGCUGCACAAUGGCGACAGAAUUUUGUCAAAGUCAUUGAAGAACAUACCCACGAUAUGACGAUCGAGGAGCGAACCGAAUUCUUUGAGGCCUGUGUCGCGAGGAAUAAGGAAAGAUAUAUCCAGACUUUCGCGGCGUAUUAUGGGAAACAUCCCGAGCACAUUCCUGAACGACCUGGUGGCGUGAAGAGUGAGAAGCAGCGAGAAGAAGGCAUGCGCGAGAACGAGAAAAUUCUGGAGAAGCAGAAAAUUCUGUUCAAGGAGUGUUGGUCUUCCAAGCUUGAUGAAGAGAACAAAUCAACCCCCUUCGACACAAAACGAAGCUUCAUACCCGACAUAGUGGCCGGCCCACGAGACGAAGCCGAUCCCACAGCAGAAGCACCACGAUGUAAGCACUGCAUCAAAGAAGCGCGCAAAGACAAGUUCCGCAACCCGAUGAAUAGCCUCAGGAAAGCUUGCGGGAUGAAGCCGAGAACUAAGUCUGAUGCCGUCCACAGUACAGCGAAUCAAGCUGUAUCAUUACAGCAAGGAGGAGCCAAAUCGACAACUACAGCUUCGAGCACUUCUUCUGCGAAAGGAGAGUUCAGUAGCAACAGCGGGAAAUCCUCGUUGAAGCAGCUGCCUACAGUCAGGAGAGGAGCAGCGCAUGAAGCGUUUUUGCCGCCUACACAGCCAGCGCAGCAUGUAGAGCAGCGCGCAUAGAAAUAGAUGCCGAAAAUGCUUGUCUUCAAAUGUGGCUCUACCCAGCAGUUUUCCCUGUUUGGAGCCGCGGUGGCAUGGAAGAGUCUUACAAGCAGAGAAGCAGGAGCAGAAGAAAGAUGGAUCCUUGUGAUUGCGGCAACUCCGUCUAUCGCUCCGCUGAGAGACAGCGGCAUGACCCUAUCGCAGGGCUAGACGAAACGGCAGAGACCUCCUUCUAUUUUCACAGAAAAGCAGUACCUGCAGCCAUGUUUCUCGGAAACUUUCGAAGCAAAAUUCUGGUCGUAGUCAACCCCGUGGCCCGAGAAGCAUGCGUUUCUUCACAGAGUGGUGCACCUACAGCCAUAUCUCUCUGAGACUUCUGGAGCACAGUUUUGACUGUAGUCACUCUCGUGGCUUCGGAAGCAUCUGCUUCGACAGAGAAAGCUGUACAGAAUGCAGUGUCUCUCGGACACUCCUGUGGCACGUCCUUGACUUCUACUCCUUCUUCAC